UUCAUCUCCAAGGAGGAGCAGCACCCAAACUGCAGGGAAAUACGUCGUGCAGAAAAUUAGGAAGACUCCUUUUUUUUCUUUGGAGAAGCUGAUUUCCUUUGGCAAGUGGGGGACGGUGGAGAAAAUGAAGCCGAGUCCACGAUUUUUCUUAGCUGGUUUUCUGUCUUUGAUUCUGCAGACGGCGAUUUGCUAUGGGAUAAAAUGGAUAGCUCUGUCCAAGACUCCUUCGGCUUUGGCCCUGAAUCAAACCCAGCACUGCAAGCAGCUCGAAGGCUUGGUGGUUUCCCAGGUGCAGCUGUGCCGCAGCAACCUGGAGCUAAUGCAGACCAUCAUCCAGGCGGCACGGGAAGUGAUAAAGACCUGCCGUAAAACUUUCUCAGACAUGCGGUGGAACUGCUCUUCCAUUGAACUGGCUCCUAACUACCUGCUGGACUUAGAGAGAGGCACAAGGGAGUCAGCAUUUGUGUAUGCCCUUUCUGCUGCUGCCAUCAGCCACACCAUUGCCAGAGCCUGCACCACCGGGGACCUCCCUGGCUGUUCCUGUGGUCCCAUCCCAGGUGAGACACCUGGACCUGGGUAUCGAUGGGGAGGAUGUGCAGACAACCUCAACUAUGGUCUUAUCAUGGGGUCCAAAUUUUCAGAUGCUCCCAUGAAGAUGAAAAAAUCAGGAUCACAAGCCAAUAAACUGAUGCAUCUGCACAACAGUGAAGUAGGGAGACAGGUCUUGAAAGCCUCUCUUGAAAUGAAAUGUAAGUGCCAUGGAGUUUCUGGGUCAUGCUCUAUCAAGACCUGUUGGAAAGGCCUUCAAGAGCUGCGAGACAUUGCAUUGGACCUCAAAAACAAGUAUUUAUCAGCCACCAAGGUCGUUCACCGGCCCAUGGGCACACGCAAAUACCUCGUGCCAAAGGAUAUUGAUAUCAGGCCGGUUAAAGAGACGGAGCUGAUUUACCUGCAGAGCUCGCCCGAUUUCUGCAUGAAGAACGAGAAAGUGGGGUCGCACGGGACCCAGGACAGGCAAUGCAACAAGACCUCCAACGGGAGCGACAGCUGUGACUUGAUGUGCUGCGGCAGAGGCUACAACCCCUACAUGGACAAAGUGGUGGAGCGAUGCCACUGCAAGUACCACUGGUGCUGCUACGUGACCUGUAAAAAGUGCGAGAGGACUGUCGAGAGAUAUGUGUGCAAAUGAGAACCCUCCUCUCUCCUCCCGGGAGCUGAGACACCAGCGGCACCCCAGCACUAUUCAGAGAAAACAUUUCCCCGACUAGACGUCGCUUAUCUCGUAAGGACACAGACUUGAAGAAAGAUGGUAGGAGGGGAAAAAAGCAAUCACACCAAUAAAAAUAAGACCCUUAAAAAACCAACCAAACCCACAAAUGUUUUCCCCACCAAUAAAAUGCUCUCUGAGAAGACAAAAACUCAUUUGGGAUGGUAUCUUCUUCCAAAAUAUUUCCUACGGUUGCCAAUGAUGUCCAGCCAUCAAGUGCCUUAGUAUUUUGAGAAACAGAAGUAGAAACUUUCCCCGGGGAAGAAAAGCAACUCUUGUUUGAAAAUAACUAAGGCUCACACCUGCCUAUGCCUUCUAGCACAGGUACUGAGUCUGCAUUAGGACCAUCCCAGAAGGGAAAACGCUGCAACUUUUCAGCAAUAACUGCCUUUGUUGCCAAAGACUUAAUUUUUAGCAUGGAAGCAUCCACUCCGGAUGAUAAAGGUGGAAAGAUUUCAGGUCAAUCCCCUGAAAUGAACGACUCAUUUUAACCUUUCUUUUACGCAGGUCUGCGACUUCGAAGUUACUGAUGCAGGAAAAGCUGUCCAUGAUUUUUCCAGGCUGGAUGGGGUUUCAAAUUCAGCCA